AUGAUGUAUGCAGAUAUUAUAGAUGAACUUAUUACCAGUGGCAAAGAGAUAGAAGCUGUUUAUUUUGCUUCAGAAUCCGGUUUAACUGAAAGAUUUCCUCCUAUUAACCUACUCAAGUCCUAUCAUCGGAACUACAAAAAGAAUGUUACUACAACAUCGAAAAAGGGAAACAGCAAUCAUGCAAUGGAUGAUUCAAGCACUUCAGAGUUGAAUUCCAUUAAGGCUAUAAUCAAAUGUGUAGAAGAUCACAAGCUUGAAUCAGAAUUUAACCUUGAUCAUUUGAGGAAGCGAGCUACCCUUCUGGAGAAAACUAAGGCAGAAAGGAAGAAGAGUUCAACUUCAGGAACUAAAUCUCAGAACAAAAGAGGCAGUCGAGGCAAUGUAUCCAGCUCUUCCCGUCCAGCCAAAUCAGCCAAAUUUAGUAAUGCACACUCAUCAUCUUUCAGCCGUAGGAACCUAGCACCUUCCCUACAACCAAGUCCUGGUGCAAGAUUUUCUGGUCCAUUCAACUACCCCAGCCAGACCAUAUUCGAUGGUGCAACUGCUAAUCCUUACGCAGCAACCUAUGGAACUACUCACACGCAAAGUCCGGCUGGAAUAACACAACAACACUAUUCUAUUCCUGUCGACAAUUUGGUUCCAUCUAGUUACCGGUCUAGUGGUUCGUAUUCGGGACAGGCUAGCUAUGGCCUAUAUGAUUACAGAAAUGGCGCUCCUCCAACUUAUCCACGUCCGUACACAGUAGAUCAAUCAACUUAUAGGGGCUAA